AUGCCUCACCGCACGCAAAGCCCACCUGGCGAUGACCCUAUGCUGGAGCCGAUUGCCAUCUGUGGCAUGGCGUGUCGCCUGCCCGGUGCAGUUGAUUCACCCUCGUCUCUGUGGGAGAUGCUCGUUAAGAAAGGAUCAGGACAGACUCCCAAAGUUCCCGAGUCUCGUUUCAACAUCGAUGCACAUUUCCACUCCAACCUGGAGCGACCCGGUUCCUUCAAUGUCUUGGGGGGUUAUUUCUUGGAUGGCCGGCCUGAGGAUUUCGAUCCGACAGCGUUCAACAUGACACCGAUCGAAGCGCAGUGGCUGGAUCCGCAGCAGAGGAAAAUUCUCGAAGUUACGUAUGAAUGUCUGGAGAAUGCUGGCAUGUCACUGGAAUCUGUUUCUGGUUCCAAUACCGCGGUGUUUGUGGGAUCAUUUACCUCAGACUACCAACAAAUGUCGAUCCGUGACCCUGACUUUCGUCACAACUAUGCGGCGACGGGCGUUGAUCCUGGCAUUAUCAGCAACCGCGUUGGCAAUACCUUCAAUUUGAAGGGGCCUAGCUUCACAAUCAAUACCGCCUGCUCUUCCUCGAUCUACGCCAUCCAUAACGCCAGUAACGCCCUCCGCGCACGCGACUGUGAUGCUGCCAUUGUAGCUGGUGUCAAUCUGAUCCUGACGGUCGACCAACAUAUGAAUACCGCCAAACUAGGUAUCUUGUCUCCUACCUCGACAUGCCACACCUUUGACGCAUCUGCCGAUGGGUAUGGCCGUGCCGAAGGAGCAGGUGCACUCUACCUGAAGCGCCUACGGGAUGCCAUCCGUGAUGGAGACCCUGUGCGUGGGGUGAUCCGAGCCACUGCUGUCAACACGAACGGAAAAGUUGAGGGAAUGGGCAUCACCCAUCCCAGUGCCAAGGGUCAGGAGUCGGUCGUCCGCAUGGCUUACGAAAAGGCCGGGUUGCAUCCCAAUCUCACGGCCUAUGCGGAGUUGCACGGCACCGGCACGCCAGUGGGCGAUCCGAUUGAAGUUAAGGCAAUUGCAAAUGCCAUGAAUGAUACUAGAUCCCCAGAGAAGCCGCUUAUUGUGGGAGCUGUCAAACCGAAUAUCGGACACAGUGAAGCGGCAAGUGGAAUCUUCGCCGUGAUGAAAGCCGCCAUGAUGACAGAAGCUGGUGUUAUCCCGGGCGUUGCCCAUUUUGAACGGUUGAACCCAGCUAUUCACGAGGAGGAAUGGAACGUCAAAGUCAACGCCGAUACCAGGCCCUGGCCUGAGGACUUUAACAUCCGCAGAGCCAGUGUCUCCUCCUUUGGAUACGGUGGCACCAAUGGCCACGUUAUCGUCGAGUCGGUUGAGACUCUCUACCCGUGGUAUCAGCAUGCCCACCCCAAGCGAGAUGCCCCCUACACCCGAUCGCACUCACGGCCCUUCCUGCUGUGCUUUUCUGCCCAUGACAAAGCCACUCUCUCGCGCAAUUUCUCGGCUAUUAGCAAGGUUGCCGGCGAUUACUAUUUGACUGACCUUGCAUACACCCUCAAUAUGACCCGGACCCGCUGGGGACAUCGGGGCUUCGCCAUCGGCCGCGAAGACCAAGCACCUGCGGUCUUCGACUCUUCCGCCUUGCAGUCAGGCGUUGCUUUCCCGACAGUUCCAGAGAUAGGCUUUCUCUUCACCGGCCAAGGUGCGCAAUGGGCCGGAAUGGGACAGACGGCCCUGAGAGAGUUCCCUUCGUUCCGUCGCACGGUACAGAGGCUAGACGACGUACUUGCACGACUUGACCCACCCCCGUCGUUCAGUCUGGAUACUAUGCUUCUCGGCGACCUGGAGACAAUUUCGAAGACCAUUAACGAGGCUGAAGUGGCCCAGCCCCUCUGUACCGCUGUCCAAAUUGCUCUGGUAGACUUGUUCGCAGAGUGGAACAUUACCCCAUCCGUCAGUGUUGGACACUCGUCCGGCGAGAUUGCAGCGGCGUACGCAGCAGGCCUCAUUUCUGCACCGGAGGCAAUGCUUGCCGCCUACUGUCGUGGCCGCUCGGUCAAGGAUAAUUCUGCGCAUGGAUCGAUGUUGGCUGUUGGGCUAGGUGCGGAAGAGGUGGCAGAGUAUCUGGCCUCCUACGCCCCAGAGGAAGUUUGCAUUGCCUGCGAAAAUUCUCCCAGCAGCGUCACUCUGAGUGGAUUACCCGCUUAUGUGAACCAGCUCAAAGAGCAGCUCGAUGCUUCAAAGGUUUUUGCACGGGAAUUGAAGACGGGACGAGCCUAUCAUUCUCCUCAUAUGGCGUCCGUGGGUGCCGCCUAUGACCAGUUGCUCCCGCAGGCCUUGGCCAGACUCGAUGACGAUGACCUGUCAUGGCGCCGGCCCCGAACUCCCAUGGUCUCUUCUGUGACAGGCAGAGUGAUUGAUGUUGAGACAGACUCUCUUCCUCCUUCGUACUGGAGCGAGAAUCUGCGUUCACGAGUUCUAUUUAACACAGCCGUCCAGGUGCUUGGCUCGAACCCAGCCUUCAAGGGGGUUAAAUCCGUGAUAGAAAUCGGGCCUCACUCGGCCUUGUCCGGGCCCUUCAAGCAGAUCUGCAUCGCCAACAAAUUCGAUCAACACCGCUACGUUCCGUCCCUGGUGCGGAACAAGAAUGACGUCGACCAGCUGCUUUCCGUCGCCGGAGCAUUGUUCAUUGCCAACUAUCCUGUCGACCUGGAGGCGGUCAAUUUCGUGGAGAACAGCAAGACUGAUUUGAGUUUCCGCAAGCCCAAGUCCCACCGAUUCUUGGUUGACCUGCCGCCGUAUCAGUGGAACUACGAGAAGCGGUACUGGGCGGAACCCAGAGCCAGUGCUGAACAGCGCAGUCUGACACACCCCCGCCAUGAUCUCUUGGGCAGCAAAAUAUCAGGUUUAUCCAGUCAUUCUCGUGUGUGGCGAAAUGUGCUACGGGACCGUGACAUCCCCUGGCUGAAAGACCACGCGUUGGGAGGUACAACGAUUUUCCCUGCUGCUGGUCACAUGUCGCUUGCCGUGGAGGCCUUGCGACAGAUAUCUGAGACCGAAGGCUUGCCCUUCGAAGAAGUCCUUCUGCGGGAUGUUGAUAUCAGCACGGCGCUGGUGGUGCCCGAUACGGAUUCCGGGGUCGAAGUCCAGCUGCGCCUGGAUCUCUUGCCACAACAGGCGUCAGACAUCAGCACCUGGUAUUCUUUCUCCGUCGAGUCGCUUUCCGAGGGGGAUUGGGUCUCUCACUGUCGGGGAAGAAUAUCCUCAAGCCAUAAUAGCCAGCUAGGGACCACGAAUGAUAACAACAGUCCUCAGCCGUCCCCGGUUGAUAGUGCCCGACUCACCCAACGUGUCCCUGGCAAACGAUGGUACGAGGCGUUCCAUCGGGUUGGUUUCAAUUACGGCCCAACUUUCCAGCAGCUGGGACAAGUCCGGACCGAUCGCGGGUACCAUGAAGCAGAGGGAGAGGUGAUGGUCCUGGAGCAUUCGGGUGUGAUGCAGGAUGAGUCAAGAUACGUGAUCCAUCCGUCGACCAUUGACGCUUGCCUCCAACUGAUCAUCAUCUCCAUCCACGGGGGCAAGCACAAGGAGAUGCCCUGGGGCGUCGUGCCCAUACGCAUGGAGGAGGUCACUCUCCGGUUCCCCGGUGGGGACGAGGGAUCUCAUGGCAGCGCCGUCGCCUGGACGGACAGUUUCGAGGGACGGUAUUUCAACACCCACACCCAGUUGAUGGGUAAAAGUGGCAAGUUGCUGGUCGAUGUCAAAAGCCUGCGCUGUGUCGCGUAUGAGGCUGCAGUCCCCGCAGAUGCAUCAAACAACACCGCCGACCCAGCGCCCUUUUCUACCGUGUCGUGGAAGCCAGACAUUCUGACUCUCAGUCCAUCGUCUUAUUCACAGUUGUGGCCCGGCGAUACAACCGAAGCCCAGAAACUUGGUACCGUUGUGGAACUAAUCAAUCAUCGCAAACCCAUUGCUGCAGUUCUUCUCUGCGGACAGCCCACGCAGAAAAUUAUCGACGCUGUCUCAUCUGCUGUACCCAAGAGCACCCUAAUUGUCGUGGCCAGCCCUGGUGAAUCCAAAGCAGAGAACGACGACGACGAUCGCGUGAUCACCAAAGCAUUGCCGGAAAACCCUCAGGACUGGAAUGAAGCCGUUGGCGGUCCUUAUGAGCUUGUUCUCGCAGAUGAAAGUGUGCUUCAUGGCCAAACUGCUGUGAAUUCCCUAGUCAAGGAAGGGGGAUGGCUCAUCCACUCCGUGCCAGGUGAUUGGUCUACCGCCAAUGGCGUGGUUGAAGAGAAAACUCUUCACCGCAUCAUAGAUCUAGCUUUCGUGGAUCCAGAGAAAGGAACUCGGCAUAUUAAGCUUAUCUCAACCGACCCCAACCUGGUCGCAGUGCCGGAUAACCAGGCGCUAGAUAUUACAGUACUGCGCGACGCCGGUCAGGCUGAGGAUGAAUCGCUGGUCGCCUCUCUUGUAGAGGCGGGACAUGCAGUGCAGAACAAAACGCUGGACAACUUCGAUCGCCAAGCUACUAAUGGCGUCGUCCUAAUCAACGACAGCACUGGUAGUCUGCUGGAUUCUCUUAAUGACCGCUCCUUCGAAAACCUCAAGUCCUUGCUGGGCGCCAGCCUGCCCAUCGUUUGGUUGACCAAAGGCGUGAGGCAAGGCGCUUCCGUCCACGGAGGAAGUGUCCAAGGGUUCCUGCGCGUUAUCCGGUCAGAACAGGCUGCGGCACGAAUUGUGCUCUUGGAUGCUGACGAGGUGGAGGAUGUUAGUGAUGCCAUUGUAGGUGCUCUCAGAGACGUCCCAACGAAAGACUCGGGCAAGGACACGGAAUUCUGGCUACACCAAGGAACGCUGCAUAUUUCUCGCGUGCGUCCGAACGGCCUCUUAAAUACCGAAUGGGCGCCCUCUUCCUCCAGCCCUGCGCAAAUGAAGCCAUUGCCGGAAGGAGUGCACUUGAACUGCACGUUGGUGGAUGGCCAACUCACAUUCACGCACGAACAGGAUCAGCUAUCUGAGCUCUACCCUGAUGAGGUUUCCAUUCAAGUCACGGCUACCGAGCUGCAGGCUGUCCCUGGUGCGCCCAUCGUGGUUUCUGGUACGGUUCUCCGACAUGGUUCAUCGGUCAAUGAGAGUCUUGUGGGUCAGCAAGUCAUCACAUUUGCGACUGAACAAUUCCCAACCAUUGUGCGGACAGCCAUCUAUACGCCCCUGGACACGGCUGUUGGCGAUCUAGCGACUCUCGCUGCCAACGUGUCAGCACUAUCCAAGGUGGUUAACACCUGCCUGGUGACAGCAAGAAUCCGCAAUGGCGAUCGGAUUCUAGCUCUUCCUGGUCCAGCCACCACGUUGCAUGCCCUUGUCCGAGUGGCCAAGGCUCUACAGUGGGACUUGCGACUCGUCGCAAGGUCCCAAUCCGAGCAACGAGAAUACAUCACGAAGCUCAACUUAGACAGCGACAAGAUCUUGCUGUCGACCGACUGGAAGGCCAUCAGCGCCAACCUCCGCUCGGAGAACGGAAGAUCCAUAAUUAUCGCUCAUGAUUUCUCCACUCUGAGCCAGGAAGUAUGGAGACAUGUUCCCUCGCAUGCACUGUUUAUUUUGAACGAGGCCUCCCUGGGUUCAGCACCAGAUGCCCUGCCUUUCACACGUGGUGCUUCCUUCGUCCCGACCAAAAUCAAUACCUCAGACUCAGUCGCUGCCUCUGAGCUCCUUAAGCAGGCUCUGAAUCUUCUCAGGGAUCACACUGAGGUCGCAGGCGAUAUAGCAGCCGUUCACGAUAUCAGCUAUGCGGGUCAAGUCAAUGAGCUUGUCCGCGAUCUGCCCGCUGGGAAGAUCGGUGUCUUCCAUUACCGUUACAAUGAAAGCCAGGUAAAGAUAAAACCCGAAGCACAGCGUUUGACGUUCUCCCCCGAUGCCAGUUACCUUCUCGUGGGCUGUCUCGGUGGAUUAGGUCGAAGUUUGACUCUUUUCAUGAUGGAGCGCGGCGCCAGGAACUUCGCAUUCAUCUCCCGCUCCGGCAUUGACAAACCGGAAGCCGCACAUAUUGUCAAUUUGCUCAAGACCGCAGGCGCUUCCGUCCAAGUCUUCCGCGCGGAUGCGGCUUCUGAGCUAGACGUGGCCCGGAUUGUACAAGAGGUGAGCGCGGAGCGUCCGAUCCGUGGCGUGGUUCACGCUGCUAUGGUUCUCAGGGACGGAGUCUUUGAGAAAAUGGAUUAUCAGGGCUUCCAAGCUGCGAUCGAGCCUAAAGUGCGCGGCGCCCUGAGUCUAUCCAAGGCCCUUCAGGGUGUCGAUCUCGACUUCUUUGUCAUGACGAGCUCCAUCUCCGCCACGCUAGGCAACCCCGGCCAGAGCAACUACAGUGCUGCGAACAGCUUCCUGGACACCCUAGCAUGGCAACAUCGACUCCAGAACCGUGCAGGCGUCUCCUUGGUGCUGCCCAUGGUGCUGGACGUGGGUGUUGUCGCGGAGAACGCUGCCAUCGAGACCUCCCUCUUAAGGAAGGGUAUGUACGGCGUUGACGAACAAGAGAUGCUUCGUGGGUUUGAGGUCGCCAUGUCUCGUCCCAUCGCGCGUGAUGAGGCUACUCUUCGUGAAAUUGGCGAUACACAGAUCAUUCUAGGUCUAGAACCAGCCGAGCUGGCCAAGGCAGUCGACUCCGACCAAACCGCCGACGCAUACUGGUAUCAGGAUGCACGUUUUGCCCACCUUCGAGCUGUAGUUGAGGCAAUCAACCAGGCGUCGUCGUCUUCCACCAAGUCCGGGGCGAGCGGCUUGCCCAGCCUCCUGAAGAGUGUCACGUCUGGUUCGCCGGACGAUAUUAUCGCUGUUAUCGCGCUGUACAUCGCCAAACGUGUAGGCAGUAUUUUGCUCAUUUCCGUGGAGGACUUCGAGCUGAAUGGACCAUCGAUUGCGAGCUAUGGUCUGGAUAGUAUGAUUGGCGCCGAGAUGCGAAAUUGGCUCUUCAGGGAAUUCGGGCUGGAUUAUUCAUUCCAGAACUUAUUGUCUCCUUCGCUGACUUUCAAUGGGUUAGCAGGUGUCGUUGGAAGGCAAUCGGGCAUUUUGGCAGAGGAGUGA